AAGUCUAAUCAAAUCUAAAUAGAAUACCUCCUUUAUUACUCUUGGACUAAGUUUGCAUAAAAAUAAAUAAAGAUUGUUUUCGUAAAGAAAUGAGUGGAGAUCGGAGUCCGGGAAGUCCACUAGACAUAAACGAAACUGAACAAGCAGUACUGAUGGAUCCGAUUGAUCACGAACGCUCUAGGUAUCCGUACUGUAUAGUUUGGACUCCCAUUCCAGUUCUAACAUGGAUAUUCCCAUUCUUGGGUCACAUGGGUAUUUGUAUGUCAAAUGGUGUAAUAAGAGAUUUCGCUGGUCCCUAUUACGUUUCUGAAGAUUUGAUGGCAUUCGGGAACCCAACUAAGUAUUGGCAACUGACUCCACAGAAAGCUAAUAAUGGGCAGGCAGGAUGGGACGCCGCGGUUGCUGAAGCAUCGGAGAUAUACAAGAAGAGAAUGCACAUAAUAUUCUACGACAACUGCCACUCGCACGUUGCCACCGCACUCAACAUCAUGAACUACAGUGGCAGUAGGAAAUGGAACAUGGUGAAACUGGCCUUCUACAUGAUACCAUACUCUAGAUAUGUCAGCUUUGGAGCAUUCCUGAAGACAUGGUUGCCGUUUUUCAUCAUCGCCGCCCUGAUGUGUGGAUUAGCAGCGAUUCUAUAAUGACAUUAGAUUGACUUAGUUUUUGUGUUUGACCGCUGGUGUUAAAACCAGGACCCUUGAGAGCAGAUGAGACGGCUGACAAAAUGUUACUUGUCAGGAUGAUGCCUUUGUAUCUGCUUUAUAAUGACACUUUGUACCUUAGUAAAGGUUGCAUCGUGUUACUAAAACAAUGACAAAGUAGUAACAAGCUGUCAAAAAUUCUUGUGGAUAAAGUUUGUGCUGUAUAUGUAGUAUGUAAACUACUUAAAUUUUUCAUACUAUAGAAAUUGACAGUCUGUCACGAUUUGGUUAUUGCUAUACUAAUAUGGUGCAACGCACACUUAGUUGUAAUGAAAAAUAAUCUAGCAGACUGCCUUUUAUACCCACCUUGAUUAUCAAACCCAUCUAAAUCGGUUAAGGCAGAUUAUUUUAUUGUUGGAACAAUUUAUGUGCAAUAUU